AUGUCGCUCCUGGACCUCUCGACCGAUGACGCCGACGAUGGCUUCGGUCUCGCCGUCGACGAACUCGAGAUGGACAUCGGCGCCGACAUCUUUCGCCCGUCCGCGACCCUUGCCGACGACAGCUUCCUCAAGGACGAGUUCAGCCUCGAUGCCAUGAGCCUCGAACCGCUCUUGUUCUGUGAGUUUGGCCCCUUCUCGCCGCCGUCGUCGCCGCGUCUGCGCAAGAAGGACGCGAGUUUCACGCACACGGCGACUGGCAGCAUCAAGCCCGAGCCUGCGACGUCGCUGCCACCCAAGUACUUCAAGACCAUCAAGUCGUUCUCGUUCUCGACACCGCCACCUGAGCCCAUUGCGCCCGUCGCUGCGACGCCUUUGACUGUGGUGACGAGAACGUCGUCGUCACCCAAGCCGAUUCGCCCCAAGAAGGUCGACGAAGACGUCGUUAUCAAGGAAGAGGCUAUUGAGGCGGAACCGGAGCCCGUUGUGACGCCCAAGCGACAGGCGGCGCGCAUGCUAUUGGCGCCUACGCCGACUGCGUCGCCAGUGGCCUCGCCCCAGGCGUCACCGGCCUCACCACUGCGCGUAAUGCCGUCAUCGCCGUCCAUGGCGACCCCCAUCUACAUCAAGAAGGAAGUGGUCGAUGACGCGUUCUCACCAAUGCUGGAGAAGUCGACGACCAAAAAUGUCGUGUCGUCGGCCAAGUGGACGACGUUGCAGGACAUGCCGACGCUGCCGCCGCGCUACUACCGUGGUCCCGACUCGUCGCCGGAGAAGAAGCGCGCGCACUCGACGACCUUCGGACGCAUGUCGUCCUUCUCGUUCAAGAUGCCCAAGCUCGCAGCCGCCAAGACCGACGACGACAGCGUCAAUCUCAUGAAGCGAGGUGCGGCCAUGGGCCAGCAGCCGUAG